GAGUUUUUUUUAUCGUAGCUAAAAUGAAGAAUUGUGUUGCCUUUCAAACACAGUUAGCCUCUAUAAUGGAAGUACUAGCCAAAGCAGCUGUGGCCGAAAUAAGCAAACUUGUUGAAGAUGGGUCCGUUGUGUUGCAUCUGGAAGUAUCCCGAAGCCAUAAAGAAAUUGACAGUCUGAGGAGGAAACUACAGCAGGUGGAGAGCGAGCUGAGGACGGCGCGAGAGGCGGCAGCGCGUGAGAACCGCUCUAUUGGGGUCCAGGUUGAGAACCUGUUCGGAGGAGCAGAAGGAGGAGCUCUUGAGGGUGGUGCUGAUGCUGGAGAGAGACCUCCCGUUGACCAACGGCUCAAGGAGAAAAAGUGUAAUGCACAGACACACAACACAAAGCCUGGCUUUGGAUUUAUGGUUAAGGCAGAGCAAGAGGAAGAGCAUGAGAUAGCCCAGAGACUCAAUAAGACAGGAUGUGAACACAGUGCAGGAAGACUCAGCAGUCUGGGCUCUGAGUAUGUAAUGUAUGAGAGAGACAAUCAGAUGUGGACUUCCUUUACUCAAGGGGACAGUGACAUAGACAGUGAUGAUCCAGUUUGUUCUGACACUACAGAACAGUGCUCACAGAGUCUGUUAGCACACUCACCACUACAGCAUGUUCCUGCCACCAUGGAAGUCUCUGGAAGCACACUAUCCUCCUUGGGGAAAGAUGUUCAUGCUGUAGAUGGUGUUCUUGUGAAAGAGGAAGCAGGUGGGCAGUGUUCAUACAGUGAAGAGAACAUAUCUGAGAUGGGUGGCACACAGCAGACAGAGUACAGACAGCCUCCGCUCUCGAUGAAUGAUCAUCUAACCUCACAGCUCUGGCAACCGCUGCAGCAGCCAUUAGACUGGCAAAUAGGAAUUACUGAGAACAUCACAGAUCCAGUUUCAAACUGCAGUAGAAAGACAAGAAUCCACUGGCGAACUGGCAUAGGGGAGAGACCUUACAGUUGCACACAGUGUAAGAAGAGUUUUGAUCGUUUUAUUGACUUAGAGAGACAUCAGCGAAUCCACACAGGAGAGAAACCGUUCAGCUGUGGACAGUGUGGAAAACGUUUCAGUCUGAGGUGUAACCUUAUCACACAUGAGAGGGUUCACAGUGGGAAUAAACCAUUUGGUUGUGUACAGUGCGGGAAGAGAUUUGCUCAGGGAUCUAACCUUAGAGCACACCACAGAAUUCAUACAGGCGAGAAACCAUAUCACUGUACCCAGUGUGGGAAGAAUUUCACUCAGCUGAGUAGUCUUAAAACUCACCAGAAAGUUCACAGUAGAGAUGAGCUGCUAGAGUUUGGAAUUAAUUGUAUGUGAUAAUGCUUAUGCUUAUGUGAUUAAGUUAAAAGGAAAUGCAUUUUAUAGUCAUCUUAAAACAAAUAUUGAAAGUCUGCCCACUGAAUGACUUUCUUUAGGCAGAACUUGCAUAUAAGGACUGGAUCUUUGUCCACAGAGCUCAUCACUGUGAUGAGGGUUACUUUAGCCGCACUCACACAAGGGCUAGUGAUAGUACUUUAGCCACACUCACACACAAGCUAGUGCUAGCACAUUAGUCACACUCACACAAGGCCUAGUGCUAAUACUUGACCCACACUCACACGAGGGCUAGUGCUAGUACAUUAGCCGCACUCACAUGUGAGCUAGUGCUAGCAUAUUAGCCACACUCACACAAGGCCUAGUGCUAGUACAUUAGCCACACUCACGCAUGUGGCUAGGACCUUAACCACACUCGCCUUACUAAUGGCCUGGUUCUUGGCAGCUGGCUCUUGCACAUAAUACAGUUUUAUGACAAACUGCAUCUGGCUUGUUUUUUUUUUUUGUUUUUUUUUGGCCAGUUCUUGUACAUGAUGGUGUGGGCCAUUGUGUGGGAGAACAAUAUGCUAAAAGGAUAUUUUCUCAUGAAUAAAUGGUCAUAAUGACAAAUCUGUUUUGUAU